AAUAGACUGUUCAUGUGAUGUAGCUAUUAUUUGUACGAAACAAUGUUCAGUCUAUUCUAUCAAUACGAAUCCAUGUCAGCUGGUCUUUUAAAUUUGUACAUGUAGCAGAAAAUGGAAGGAGAUGGUGCAUUGCUUUCUCACUAAAAUAAUAAACAUCAUUCCAUUUUCUCUUUCUCUGAAGGCAGCCCAUUUUUUUUUGCGUGAGGACUUCAGAUCCUCCUGGCCAGGCUCUGCCAUGUCCGCCAUUGCUACUGCUACUGCCCUGUCUCUUCCAAACUCCUCCUCCUCCCGUUCAAACAAGUUUAACACCAAAAGGGGAUGGUUGGGAGUAUUUGCAAUCCUCGAUGAAGAAGGUGGAUUUGUCGAGAGAAAAAAAUCUGGGACAACACAGCAUAAAGGCCGAUUUCUCAAAGUGAAUCAAGCUCUAGAAAUGGCUAGAUAUGACACACAAUAUUGUGAUUUGAAGGCUCGGCAAGAUGUUCGAACCAUCAAGCGUUUGCACCAAAAGAUCAUGGAAGUAUUAUACUCCCUCGCUCGUGAAUUUAAAUCAAUCGGAACUCUCAACAAGGAACUAGCACUGGCACGUAAUGAGGAACAUAGAUCAGAAGCAGGGGUAUCGACUGCUUUGGAAAAACUGGCUUAUACGGACACAUUUGAUGUUAAUGAUGAAGUAAUUGAAGAUCGAAACACAAACAAAAUUGAUGUCUUACUCCCAAAUCCAAGUACUUCCACAGAAUGUCUCAAUUCUAUGAAGAGCAGAAAGCGUAAAGAAAAUAACUUAAACGUGUCAGGCCCUGUCCAACCUUACAGUGACCGUCUCAGAAGUUUUUGGUACCCUGUAGCCUUUUCCUCUGACUUGAAACACGAUACCUUGGUUCCCAUAGAUUGUUUUGAAGAACCAUGGGUAAUUUUUCGUGGUAAAAACGGAAAACCCGGGUGCAUUCAGAACACGUGCGCUCACAGGGCAUGCCCACUUCAUUUGGGUUCAGUAAACGAGGGCCGUAUACAAUGUCCUUAUCACGGAUGGGAGUACUCGGUCGAUGGAAAAUGUGAGAAAAUGCCGUCAACUAAAUUGCUCGACAUAAAAAUCAAGUCCUUGCCUUGUCUUGAGCAAGAAGAAAUGAUUUGGAUUUGGCCGGGAAAUGAUCCCCCAACCGCUAAACUUCCUUCAUUAUUACCACCUUCAGGUUUCCAAAUACACUUAGAGACUAUAAUUGAACUUCCUGUUGAACACGGACUACUACUGGAAAACCUUUUAGAUCUUGUACAUGCUCCUUUUGUACACACAUCCACAUUUGCUAAGGGAUGGAGCAUUCCAAGGUUGGUGAGAUUCUUGUCACAAUCAUCCAGUCUGCAAGGAUACUGGGAGCCUUAUCCAAUAGAUAUGGAGUUCAGGCCACCUUGCAUUGUGCUGUCGACAACUGGCAUCUCGAAGCCCGGGAAAUUAGAAGGGCAGAGCACAAGAGAGGGCGAAACACACCUUCACCAGCUUCAUGUUUGCGUGCCUUCAUCGAGACAAAAGACGAGGCUUUUGUAUAGAAUGUCGCUCGACUUUGCCCCCAUACUAAAGCACAUACCCUUCAUCGACCACCUGUGGAGACACUUUGGCAACAAGGUCCUGAAUGAGGAUUUAAGGAUAGUAUUGGGUCAACAGGAGCGCAUGCUAAAUGGCGCAAAUGUGUGGAAUUGGCCUGUGCCAUAUGAUAAGCUUGGAGUGAGAUAUAGGCUGUGGAGGAACUCGGUCGAGCAAGGAGGUUCAGAUGGACCGCCUUUCAACGAGUCAACAUAAAACCCGGUCGGCCAAUAUUUGGAGUUAAUUGGUUUUGGCUACUUCUAAAACCACCCAACAUCAGCCGAUUAUACUAAAGAAGUUCUCACAAGUCAAAAUUAUGUAAAAAUAAAUAAAUAAAUAUUGCUAUUAUGUUGUCUAAUAAUUAAAAGUCAUAAUUUCUUACAAAAAGUCAAUAUUAAUAGAUAUUAUGCAAUGAUAUGUUUUUUUAUUCAUUGCAGUAAAAUACACGUUAUGUGUGAUU